AUGACUAAGAAGGCUUAUUCAGCUCCAUUAGGUUUAUCUCUUGGUUAUAUUAGAACCUUUUGUCAGUCAGUACAAUUCCUUCACGUUAGAAUUAAAGAUCCCAGACUAGUGCAUCCCAUCCAUCUGACUCCUGUCCUUGCCUCGUGUAAUGUUGCUGUCAAGAGGGAUUUGUGGGCAAGUUUCCACCACAUUUCCCUCGAUAUGGACGACCCUUGGCUAGUUGAAGUUGAGGGAGAUUUUAACAUCAUUACACAUUAUGGUGAUCAUAUUGGUCACAAUACUCGUGAUCAAGGUACUAUUGGCUUCUCUGAUAUGAUGUUAGAUUGUGGGUUGGAGGACGUUGGUUUUCUUGGAAAUCGGUACACUUGGACCAAUGGUCGGGGCAGAAAAAGACUGGACAAGGUACUCAUUAAUUCUUUAGCUACAACAUUCUAUCGACAACUUACUGUGAGCCUUUGUCUCUCAAAAGUGGUCACUCCUUACUCAUCUCACAGGGAUGACGGCUCUUGGUGGAAUCGACAAGUGUUUGGAGAUAUUUUCCAAUGGGUGCGGGAUGCCGAGAAUAAGGUUGGUGAGACAGAGUUAGUAUAUGACAAUGAUCCUACAUUGGAGCAUCGCAGUUCACUACAUCAUACUCAGGUAACCUUGAAUCAGUACCUAUCUAAUGAGGAGCGCUUUUGGAAGCAAAAGCCUUUGUAUCCCAUUCGUUCUGAUGUCAUUCCCAAACUUUUGACGAAGGAUGAUAAUAUUGCUCUAAACCACCCCCCUUCAAUUCAUGAGGUAUGGAAGGCUACCUUUAGUAUAGAUGUUGACAAUGUUGCGGGUCUAGAUGUGUUCUCAUCCAAGUUCUUCCAGCAUUGUUGGGAUAUUAUUCAGAAGGAGGUAUACAAGGCAAUCUUGGAUUUCUUUGACGACGGUCAUCUUCCACGGGGAUUUACUGCUACUUCUAUAGUCUUGAUCCCUAAAAAGAAUGGUGCUUGUAGAUGGACUGACUUUACAUCAGCUUAUAGUGGAUUCAUCUCUAGCCACCUGAUUGGUGACAAUGUGUUAUUAGCUCAGGAGAUGCUCUAUACUCUUGAUGAUAGAGUGCGAGGAGGCAACACUAUGUUGAAAUUAGACAUGACUGAAGCAUACGAUUGCAUGGAUUGGAACUUCAUUUACUCUGUAUUGGAUGCAUUUGGAUUUAUAGGAUCAAGAGAUGCAUUUCGAUGUGCCAUUUCUCUGUACUCCUAA